GGAGCAAUGCAUCCUCAAUCCCUAAUCAUCUCCUCCUACUCCUCCCAGUCCCCACCUCUCCUCCCCCUGCCUGCAUUACCCCACUGGCCAUGCAAACUGCAGCCACGUCACCAGCUUGUGGGGAGUCAGCAACAGCCAUCUAGGAUCCCCUUUUCCUCCCAUCACUGGGUAUCUAUCAGGGCACCCUCGCAGAAUACCCCUGUGCUGCAGCCCUCUGCAGGGGGACAAUUUUUACCAGCCCUGGAUCUUCACAUGUUCACUUUUAAUGUUACUUUUAACGAUUAAGAUCUCCUCCUGUUUAAACUAUAUUGCCAGUGAGGCUGGAUGGUUAACUUCUAGGAUUAGUUAACUUUUUUUAAAACUAGUUUUUACUUGUACAAGUUGUGCGUGGACAUCUGCCAUUUUACUGAUCAGAUACAUUUCACUGUUGCAGAGUGAAAUUAGUUACUUUUUCUGUAACUUCGAUUUUAGUGAAAACUAACGUUAAUUUAGCCCAGAGCUGGUUUUAGGUUGUGUUUUUUUUGUUUGUUUGUUUUUUUUGAGAGGGUUUGAAGCAGUGCAUCAGAUAAAAUGAAUAUUUUUAGGAUAUUAGGUGAUGUGUCCCACUUAUUAGCAAUGGUCAUUUUGCUGAUGAAGAUGUGGAAGUCAAAGUCCUGUGCUGGUGAGUAUGAGAGGGUUCUGAAGGGGUCCAACAGAACAAAGCACUGUAAUAAUAAAAGAGAAAUAGUGAGAUUUGGGAGAAAGGAAACAAUGUUGGAAAAGAUCCAUUUGGGGGCUUAUUGAAUAAGUAUUUAGGAAAAACAUUCAAUCUUAAAUUCAAUGAACUGGAGUGUUUUACAGUUUGAUUAUUUUAACCCAAAAGUUUUGAAUUCACUGUCUGCUGUAUAAACUCCAAUGGCAAUAGUAGUAGUAGUAGUAGUAAGGGGGGUGUGGGUGCUUUUUUUUUUUUAAUUAAUUUUUCUUCUGCUUUAGGGACAUUGGUGUUUACUACUGAAAAAUAGUUAAAUUCUUCGAAAUAUUUUAUGUAUAUCAUCAUUGAUGUUAAAGUUGAUGCAAAGUUAUUUAUUUCUGUGGUUUGGCAAAAAAAGUAGAAACUAUUGUUGGUUCAUGCAAUUUUUUAGACAUACUCUAAAUUUAAAAUAUAUAUGUGUGUGUGUGUGUGUGUGUGUGUGUGUGUGUGUGUAUGUAUGUGUGUGUGUAUGUGUGUGUAUAUAUAUAUAUAUAUAUAUAUAUAUAAAAAUUGAGAAUAAUCUUGCACUCCACCUUCUUAAUUGAUAUAAUGCCCGGUGCCUGUCAGCCAAAACACAAAAAAAGUUUCCAAAGAUAGCACUCCAGGGACUUGAAAAAAGUUUGCUUUAAUUACCUUUCAAAUAUCCAAAAUGUCAACGUUUCAGCCCAAUAACCUUAGGCUUUCAUCAGGACAUCUGAUGAAAGCCUAAGGUUAUUGGGCUGAAACGUUGACAUUUUGGAUAUUUGAAAGGUAAUUAAAGCAAACUUUUUUCAAGUCCCUGGAGUGCUAUCUUUGGAAACUUUUUUUAUAUAUAUAUAUAUAUAUAUACACACAUAUAUAUAUUACAGCACUCACUUGUGUUGAUAUGGAGAUAGUGUAACAUUGCAAGACUGUGCGGUCUAUUUUCUGAGUUUGACAAUUGCCAUGGGAAUAGCAAAUUUACACUGGCCCCCAUCCCACUAACAUUAGUUAUUACAUUCUAUCAUAUUAAUCAAUGUUGAUUCAGACCUGAGGAAGAGAGGAGGAACACAAAGCUUGUCUUUUAAAUAUUAUGUUAGUCAAAUAGAAAAAGUGUCAUUGCGUACUGCAAUACUCAGAUAUUUUGGCAUCAAAUAUUGAAAAUUCUCCAAAUAUUCCUGGUUUAUCGAAUAUACCCCUCAGGCCUUUCUGGAGAGGAGUGUUACCAAAAUACUUCAGAAGGAUCUAACUGGAACAUACAAAAUUAUCCAUUAUAUUUCUUGAUUCAGAGUUAAGAUUUAACCGGAACAGCCCAUCCUAUACGUUUUUUGUUUUUUUAGAAUGUCUCUUUCACUUAUUUACUAAAUAAAAGUUUCUCUUUUUAUUUAUUAAAGUGAGAAUUCAAAGUGAAUUUCAGAUUUUAGGUAAAACUAGCUGAACUGGAAGCUAUUUCAGUUCAGCUAUUUUGGCCCUAUGGGGACAGUUUAGGGACCAUAACAACUUAAUCUAAAUAAAUGUUGUUAUUGUACCUUAUGGUGCCAGUAGGCCCACGGAAGAAAUUUUACCUCUGUUUAACCCCAAAGUUGCCUGCAGUGCCGUUCUCAGCUCCCCCCAGGGGGCAUCCAACUUUUGAAAUUUCAGUUUCAUGAAGGUAGAAUUGCCAACGGGCAGGGGUGCUGCUGAUUGGCUGAGAGAGGUUUCAGCCACACGGUGACUCCCAAUGCACAAAACUGGCUGGAAAAGGUACGCUUUGAGAACAGUUUUACUUUUUGGGACAAGAGUGCACCUGGGUGCCUCCUGGCACCAUAACAACUUAAUUUAGAUGAAGUUGUUUUGGUGCAUUGAGUGCACCUUAAAAUUUGAAUUCACUUUACAUUUUCACUUAAGUAAAUAACCCUGAAAGAGAAAAAUUAAAUUAAAAAUCAGCCACAAAUGUAUAGGAUGGGCUGAUUUAGUUCCACUGUAAAGUUUUCUAAACAUUAACUAAUAUAUGUGAAAGUGUUAUUUGUAAUGGCUUUUUAAAUAUAUCAUAUAUCAUAACACCUUACUUAACUUUCGAGUCAUUAUUAAGGGCAAACUAUUAAAGCGGUGCUUGUAAAAAUGUACUACAAGGUGGUUCAGAAAAAAUGAGAGAAGCCGACCCUUACUUACUUUAUGGAUAUAUAAACAAAUGCUAGCUUGAUCCCAUUUUAAAAAGCCAUCAUCAUCUGGCUCUUGAUGCUGAUUGGCUGUCAUUGCCCCUUGAUAGCGGAAGCACUGUCAUGUCCAAUGAUGUUGAACAGUAGCAAGCACAUUUAAUGAGAACCAAUACAAAAUUUUUAGGAAAUUACUAAGUAUGAGACCAGACCAAAAAAAACCCUCAAAGCAGAAAUAGGGUCAAUGAAAAUGGACUGUCUCACUGAAUCUGUAAAAAGAUUUGGGAUCUUUAAGCUAAUUAAAUCACAAACAACAUUUGAAAAAAGGUUAACACAAGCAAUUUUAUGUAUUUUUUCAGUAUUGUCCACGCAGAAAUUUGAUAAAUCUUAAAUUUGGAAUUUGUAUCCAAAAAAAAAAAAAAAAAGAAUGGAUUUAAGGUUAUACUGUAACUACCAUGCCAAUUCAAAUAUGCAGUUUAUACAAAAAAUGCAAUGGUAAUAUGAAAGAAUUAAGCUUGCUAUAACACAAAAUGUGAUUUUCAUGGUAACAUUUUUUGAACUUACAGUAAUGACUAUUUUUUUUAUGCACAAAUUGCCUGUAUUCAGGUAUGGAUUGCUGACUUAUAGCAGUCUGGGCACUCAGAACUAUUUUAUUUGUAUAAUAAUUCUUUCAUCAAGCUUUUAAAUUAUUUUUUUUUAAGUUAAGUAUAUGUAAAAAGAAAUAGAAAUACACCUCAAUAACUUUAGUAUAUGACAGUAUCCUUCAGCUAUACACAUGCAUUUUAGGUCAGACAGUGUUUGAAUCCAACAAUUAGAAUCUCUGGUUUUCGCUGCUUCACUCCCUACAAAGACUAACUGCUGGUUUCAAACACUGUGUGACCCAAGGUGCAUGUAUAUGGCUGACGGCGCCUGUCAUGUGCUAAAAGUAGGAAGAGUUUUCUCGCUCUUUUUUUUUUUUUUUAUCGAUUUCCUUCCAAUACUUGAUGAAAGGAUUAUUAUAUUAAAAAAAUAGUUUUGAUCUGACAGGUGUCCUUUAAGUGAAAUAAGGCCCUUGGCCACAAUAAGAGAAUAUUUUUCAUGCUAGAGUUCAAUAUUCUGGCCAAGCUGAUCUAAGUGAUAAAUCCUGUUCACGUUGGUCGCGUUGCUUGUCCUUGACCUUUUCCUAAUGAUUGGCCCUCAUCCUAUGCCCAUUUGCCGUGUUUUGUCAUUAUUGUCAAAACUUUGUAAUCAAAGCAUCGUGGAAGCCUCAGAUCGGGCCCAAUGAUAGGUUGAGCGUGUUAGCUGACACACUGCCUAUCACGGGCUUCCCAGUGAGAAAAAUGUAUGACAAAGGAACAAGGGGCAUUGUAGGAUUAAACCAUUCAUAAACCGUUAAAACGCUUAUGGCAAUAUGGCGUCCCAGACCUCCUGGUAACAUAACUCUAUGGAGUUUUGUGGUGCCCAUAGUGUUCCUUGAACUAUUAACAGACAUUGAUUAUUUCUGGGCUUGGUCUGUGUUGGUACUAUAUGAAGUAAUAGACUGAUACGUCCUUAUAAUCUUGUCUAUGCUUCAACCAUUUUAGAAAAGUUAUACGUCUGUGACUGACCUUUCCAAUUGUUGUUCUUUGUCUCUGUUUAACAGGUAUCUCUGGGAAAAGCCAGCUAUUGUUUGCAGUGGUAUUUACCACAAGAUACCUGGAUUUAUUAACCUCAUUUAUUUCCAUCUACAAUACUGUAAUGAAGGUGAGGAAAAAUGAAGGCAAUGGCAGUCUACUAAAAAAGGACAGGAAGGAAAAGAUCAAGUGAAUGUGGGAGGGAAGUCACUGGUGUAACUCAUAACAAGAGCAUUAGAUGAACGCGAGGGAGGCAAUGAUAAAGAAAUUACUUCUGUGUGGAGAAGAGGGUGCAUCGUGGUUGGGAGGGAUGGUGGGAGCUAAUUGUGAACAUCGUAUUUCAUAACUAAAUGUACCUUUUACACUUGUAGUUUCAAAUAUGUGUGACAUUCAAUUUACCCUUUUAAACUAGUGGUGAACUUAUUAGUUACCAAUUUACACAGAGGGAAUUUUUGACUAAAAGGAAUGGUGGGGAAUUGCAAAUUUCAAUCUAAAAUAGCCACACAAAAAGGAAACAAUACAAUCUCCAAAUCAGCUACUUUUCUAGUACAGCUAUGUUGGCACAAAAUUUGCAUUUCCCUUGUCAAUUCUUAGUUUAGUGAAUAAACCUCAGAGAUUUGCUAUUUUUGGCUAUAUUCCCUCCGAAUCUUUACUCAGUUUCACAAUUCAGUACCAAACCCCAUAGACACAGAUUUUUGGAAACACACAGUAUACAUUUGAUUAAUGAAGCAUAUAUUAGCACAAUAUAAAUCUAAUUAAAGGGCUAAGGGAUUUCUUGGCAUUUAAUUAUAUGGACUUAUUAAAUAGUCUCUGCGAUUUGUCGCUCUGCUACAAUAUGUUAUGCCGUCUAUACCUAUGCUAUAUUUGAAUACCAAUUACACAGACCUUUUUGGCUGAAUUUUCAUCAGUAUAAAAUAAAUUAACUGCUUACUGUAUAAAUAAAGAAAUGACAAAGAAUACAUUGUAUGAAUGAGGGAUGGAUCCUUUAGGAAAUACAGUAGUUUUAAUCAAUUCUCUUGUCUUUUUACCUCAGGUCAUCUUUUUGUUGUGUGCUUAUAUCACAGUUUACCUGAUUUACAUCAGAUUAUCUAAGACAUACGAUAGCGAGAACGACACAUUCCGGCUGGAAUUUCUCCUGGUGCCUGUCAUAGGACUGUCUUUCCUAGAAAAUUAUGAAUUCACUCCUCUGGAGGUGAGAGAAGCCAAUUGUCUAACACAGGGAUAAGCAACCCUCGCACUCCAGAUGUUUUGGACGACAUCUCCACUGAUGCUUGACCAUUAUCAUGGCUGUAAUAGUAUUAUGGGAGAUGUAGUCUAGACAAUCUGGAGUGCUAAAGGUUGCUUACACCUGGUCUAAAGUUAUAUUUGAACUCACCGGUCUUCAAGAUCAGAGUGACCAAUGAAAAUGGUAGGGAUGCUCUAAUUAAUUAGGGACCUAUACAAAAUAUACAUGCAGGAAAAAAUAUUUUCAAUUUAAUCAAGUGGUGUACAUUCUCCAUUAAAAAAUAAAAUAAAUAAAAAGAUACUGUAUGUUCAACAGAUUUGUACAAAAAAUGAAUAAUGGACUACAAAACGUAUGUCCCCCCACUUAGGGAGCCUAGCUUAUUCUAAAACGGCUCCCGGAAUAGAAACCAAUACGUUUAUUGAUGUUUCUGUUAGUAUACCAUUUUCCACUGACUUCUUGCAAUAUGUAGAAAAACAGUAAAAGCCCACUAUCACAUAGAUAUAUCUAUCUAUCUAUCUAUCUAUCAUAGUUAUUGACCUUAGAGUAAUUAAAAUACAGUACCUUUGUCCGGCUAACUUGAAGUCUCAUUCAUUGCUAAGACAAAGAUUAGACAUGAUGAGUUAAUAAUAAUUCCCAGGCAUCAUCAGCUACAGAUUUGAAGAAAACAACCUGCACUCUGCGGGCUUUUCACUGCAAGUAUGAAAAGGAAUACUCCCGAUAUUUGAGUUAAGUUUUCUUUUGUUUCAUAUAAACAUAUUAACACAUAUACCUGGCAUACACAUUGCAGAUACAUCUGACUCUAAUUUAUUUAGUGGAAGAUUAACAAGAGACAGAGGUUACCGGCACGGUAUGGAGCUGGUAGGGCUCUGCUAUACCUAAAUGAGGAAAUGAUGUACAACCCAUCCCUUUGGUGUUUAUAUGGUAUGUAGUGGAGGCAACUGCAGGUUUUGUUUUGAGUUACCAUGGCAGAGAACUGUCAGGCAUGUGUCAGCCGGGCUCCUUUCAGACACCCCCACAGCAAUUGGUGACUGUGUGAGCCGAAAACAUACAUUAUUUGACACGUAAAAAUGCUGAUCAUGAGUUGGCUGAUAGCUACCUGUAUCUUCAGCACAGCUGCUAGAGUUCAUUGGGAGAUUUUUGGAUAGAAUCUAAUACAUGGAUGGCAAAACAAGAUGCCGCAAUGCAUUAUGGGAGUAUACAGGGGAAUGUUUUGCUUAUCUCUCAUAAAGUACAUAUGAAUAUUACAAAGGUGUUACUUUUAUAAAGAAAGUGUUGCAAAUGAGAGACGUUUGAGAAAAGCAGAAGUAAAGCUAUUCUAUUGUACUUUAUUGAGAGUUUAGUUAAGCAUAGUCAUGGCAUACAGUAGACAACCACUGUCUACAACAUGAUAUAACGGAAGAAUGAAACCACUUGACGUAAAAAAGAUAAACAUUAAAUAAAGAAUAACAUUGUAACAUUAAAACAUGGUACAAUACAUAUACAGUACAGAUUUGCAAGGGGUUCUCAGCCAGGCAUUACAUAUCUGACAAACAUAACUCUGGUCAGCAAAUGUCAUUAGCAAAAUGUAUAUGGUGUCAGUAGGCAUUGCGAGUAAGUAAUGUGAUCCAAAUCAAAACAGUAUAACAGGAAUUCUAAUUGGAAUCGGAACUCGAAUUGCUAAGAGGCACGUCAAAAUAGUAAGGGUUUGACUUGGGCUGUGUUAUAUCUAUCUGUGCAGCACGUCAUUAGCAGUUAGGCCAGGUCUCAUUACAAUAUCUAUCCCAUGUCUCCUACCUGCGUGCCAUCCCGGACCUAGUGUUAGUUGAGAUGCCCAGGCUCCCUUUAAAAGCCUGAUUUUUGGCAACUUUAGCACACAAAGAAUGUAAGGAUGGUGUUCUAUCUGAUCUCCACAUCAGUGGCAAUAAUAUGGAUUCCCGAUGUAAGGAUGUGGUACGCUACAGUAGGAGCUUUGGUAAAUUGUAUGUCAAUAAAAGGAAGAGCAUACAUUAUGAGUAAAAGGGAAAGGUUCACCUGUCACUGACACUAUCACUCAGUUAAUGCCUAUUCAAAAAGAGGCAAUAAUUUCACAACCACCAAAUAUGUUACAUAGAUCCAGGCGCUCGAUCAGACCAUAUACCAAUUUUUCUAUGUGGGAAAAACAAUGAGAAAUACCCUUAUUGCAAGAGAAUAUAUCUUUCCACAUGUUUCCAGUUAUUGUGACUACUAUGACUUUUUCACAGUCAACCGAAAAUGAGCAGGUCUCCACCGGAGGUAAUUUGUGGAUCAGUUUAUAACAAGUAGACAUUGGUCCUCGUAACAGAGAUCUACCCAAACACAACUCAAUGUUUGGAAGUACAAAUAAGGAGCAGCUAGGAAUCUUAAUAGGAAAAUCGAGAGACGUAGCCAAAGGAUUAUUUGAGUAUUACAGUGCCGAUUGUAUGUUGCCCUAGAUUUAAAAAAAAUAAAAUAUUUUUCCUAUAAUUCUAAAAAUGUGAUCAAAGCAUUAAAAGCAUCUCUAUAGAAGGCCUGAAUAUGUAUGAUUUCUGCCUUCUUCUACGAGAGGUGUAAAUUAGGGAUUAUUAGAGAUAACGUCUCAAGGUAGGUACACUUGGAGGAGGAGCUCUGGGGGUGUCUUUUUUUUUGUAGCUUGAGUUUAAUGGGCAGCAUAGCUGUAAACCCAAAGACUUAAUGGGAUGAGAUGUAAUGAAAUUAACUAAAGGGGUGACAUUGGUCAUGAUGCAAAAGAGGCUUAAUAUCAUUAUAUCCAUGCACAAAGGUGCUUAUGAUUUGCAAAAAAAUAUCUUCAACUAUAACAUUUCCCUUUCAGUAAUGGCUGUCAAAGGAGGUAUUUUUUUUUUGUCAAUCUCUUUUUUAUUGAGGCAUUAAGUUGUAUGGAAUACAAAAUGAAAGAAGGAAGACAACAAUGUACCAUACAUAACAGGUAAAAUACAAUACACUUUAAGACCGUUCUUAGUAACUUUGAGCCUCUGUUUAUGUUAAGAAAAACAUUUCUAGGGAGAACAACGUAUUGGUAGUAAAACGGUUGAUAUUGUAUGAAGAUAUUCUGAAACUUUAUAUCAACCGUGCUUCUCGGUAGUCUAAGCGAACAGCAGUAUGUGAAGCUUAGGUAUCUCAAAUAGUGAAAAUUUAGGAGAUUACAGGGGGCUCGGGCGGGGGCAAGUGAGAAGCACAGGGGCACUCACUCCAACUCCCUGCGAGCGUGUAGUGAAGUUUAGGCCAUACGCUUUGCCUGGGCUCACUUUAAAUAAGUGCGUUAGCGUUGUUCCCAGUGUUAAGUGAUAAUUUGGAUUGGGUGUACCUAGCAGAUAUUAGCCUGGUUAGUGAGCGCUACCGAGAGCGGUGAACCCUUACGGUUGAACAGCUAGACUUCUGGGUUGUGGGCACGUAUAAGCGUUGCAGUCCCCUGGUUGCAUGGGUAUUUUGCGAGCCUGCAGCCCUUGCUAUGUCUAAGCCUACCCGGCACUCGUCGGGAUGUCUCCCCCCAUGGGUCGCUUGUAACCAGGAGUCAGCUAUCUGUCAGGGGUCUAAGAGCUAAGUGUCAUGAGUGAUGAAGUACUCGUGGGGGAUCUCAGUUCUCCUCGUCCCGGUAACCCCCAGGCUCCCGUGGGUGCGCUGCUUCCCCGUCAUGAGUCGGACGUCGGCCUCCACCAAAAGGAGGUAUUUUUUAUUUAAAUGUCAGUAGUGUUACAUUGACACACAUAGAAAAACUAUGUAAAUGAAAUUCUAAUGUCAAACAUUAAUAAAGUUACAGUAAAUCAAUUACCGGAAACACUUUCAAUUUAGAAACAAUUUUUUAAUGAAAAUCCUAUUAAAUAAUAUUUGUAAAAUGUUUUUGUUUUUUUAACACAACGCCUUUAGGUUAUUGUCCUGUAGGUAUACACCAAACCUUCUGCAUGUAUUAAACGAGCACUCCAAGCACCAUAACCACUACAGCAGUGAUGAUGCCAGGAGUACCCUGGUGUCCCCACUCCAAUGUAAGUAGUCAAAACAUUUUAGAAAGGUUUGACUUCUUACCUGGGGUCUGCCUGGCUCCACUCCCGGCCUCUCCUCUUCCACUCUGGAGAGCUAGGAGCUCCUGUUAGGAGAUUCCUUUAGUUCUCUUGAGCUAAACCCUGCACCACCAAGUUUGGCUCAGGCAAAGAACUUCUGGCAUUCUCAGACAGCAGUGCAUGGCAUACUCCAUUUAGGAAGUCAAUAGAAGUCAAAAACAUUUUGACUAAUUACAUUAAAAGAAGCACCACUCCUAGCACGAAACCACUGUAACACACUGUUGUGGUUAUGGUGCUUGCAGCGUUCUUUUAAGAAUAUCGACUAACAAGAAAUAGUGACCAAUAGGUAGGUCCUCAGCUGCUGUAGAACAACAUCCUCCAUAAUGCUUUGCUAGCCUUAUUGCUGAGGAUGAUGGUCUACAACCCGUGGAGAUCUACCUUUUGCCAAGUUACACAACUUUAUGAAUUAUUUAAUGAAAAAAAUUGCAACACCUUUAUUGGAUUUUUCCUCUAUAACCUUUUCUAUAUUGUCUGUUUUUUUGUCUUGUGUUUUAGAUCCUAUGGACUUUCUCUAUUUAUCUGGAAUCAGUGGCCAUUCUGCCACAGCUCUUCAUGAUCAGCAAGACAGGAGAAGCUGAAUCCAUUACAACUCACUACCUCUUUUUUCUGGGGCUUUAUCGCAUGCUUUACUUGGCUAACUGGAUUUGGCGUUACCACACUGAGAAGUUCUAUGACCAGAUUGCGGUGGUAUCUGGAGUGGUGCAGACCAUCUUCUAUUUUGACUUCUUCUACCUGUAUAUAACUAAAGGUAAUUAGAGACCGUUAUGAAUUAUGAUGACACAUUUUGGGAAUUUAUACUAGGUGAUGAAGAAGUCACUUUUUUUUUUUAUAGUGAAAUAACAUGUUCAACCGAAGACAGGAGAUGACCAGGUAGCCAUCAACCACCCAAGAGAUAUAGCAGGAAUUAAGUGGCUAUUGUCAUAGAGACAGAGAUAUGUUGUGAGCUCUGUGUCAGUGCCAGUCCUCCUAGAAAUAUAGUUUAGCUCUGGGAUAAACCGAGGGGUGUACAACUAAGCUGAAUAAAUAAAACUCCCAUUUGUACAACAUUAAAGCUAUCACAAGAUCGGAGAUUCUAGAACUGUCUAGUUGAUAAAAAAUAAGAAACUCGCGUUUUGGGCAGUGUGUUAUAGGUUAGUGAUGUUCACAUGGAAUAAAGUAACAACGAUUGCCUGUGCAACGUAGGAGAGUGUAUUUGCAUUUUAUCCCAGGAGCCAGCAGGCUUGUCAGGCCUAAUAUUACUGUCUAUUACAGUGGGAAUUGCUGGCAAUCCAAGAUGAAUCAAAGUGAAUGUUAACUUUAAGUUUAAAAUAGCCAAACUGGAAACAGAGUUGACUUGGAGAUUUCUUUUUAAAGCAGAUCUGUCACAAUUAGAUCCCUUGACUAAGAGCCAAAGAGUUCCUUAAUCCUUUACUUCUAAAUCCUCCCAACCAUUUUUGGGCCACAGGAUGCUUUUUACGUACCUUUAAUUUGCUAUUACAGAUGAUUGUGCCCAGAAAUAACAUACUUUGCCCAUAGCUGGUCAUACGUGUCAAAUCACACACAUACCCAGUUAACCAAUGCUUUGUAACCUGAACCUAAGUUGACUGAGCGAGUCAACUGAGAGGAUAUAGGCCACGCUGCUACAGGAUAUGACAUGGAACUGGAGGGAGGCGAGUACACAGACCAUGGGUCAAUGACAAAAUUAACAAAGGACUAAAGCGUCACCCUUUGCCAACUUUAGAGUUAUAAAUAAUGAAAAAAGUAGUGCCUGCGUUUACUUAUGUUUAACUCUGUAAAUAAGCAUAAUUUUUUUUUUAGAAACUAAACAAAACCUCCGACCAGUUAAGGGGGUUUGGGACAACCUCAAAAUAUCUGAAUUAGAGUAGAUUUCUAAGUUAUAGUUUUGGGUUUGUACUUCAAGGAGAGGUUUGAAAAAGUUAUUAAAGAUCUCCCUUAUUUACUGAAGAUUAGCAAAUAGGCAGGAUACACAGAGGGAAACCUUAUCUGGGAGAUAAGCUGCUAAUGCUUUAUACAAUGUAAAUAGCAUAUUUACGAAUGAUACAAAUCUGAUGAUGUGUGAAACACAGGUUAUGGCUGAAUUACUUUUCCAAAGGAACAGAUAUAUAUCUCAGGCCAAAGUAUUCAUCAAUCAUGGUCUCAGAGUAGACAUAAAACUGACAAAGCUUUAGACAUCAUCAAUGCAAUGCUUUCUCUUCAAGUGCUGUUUUGUAAGGGGUACAGCAGUCUCCUUGAUAACUGUGGGGAGUGCAGAUUCAGCAGACCGCCAUUCGUUCCAUCCCUUGCAGUUUCAUGCUUCUCGCAUGCCCCUUUGUAGGACGGAAUUGGACAUACCCACCACUCCAUGAUGUUUUAGGGUGUGGUUAUGUCAAUUACAUUCCCAGCCUUUAAAACAGCAAAAUUUCAAGUGACCAGUGCCCUGUUGUGGUUUCUCCUUGAACUAAUAGUGUGUUUAUACUAUUCUGAAUAAAUGUUAUUGGCCCGGCUUUCCACUUGACCAUUCUGUAUUCUGAGAACCCUGACCUGUCUCUACCUAAAUACUGAUCUACCUGUUUAUUGUGAAAUUUGUUCACUCUAAGGCCAGGUAACACGUUUUAUUAUAUUUUGCGUACUGGGGUAAAGUACUUGUCCUUACCUGUGUUCUGUUGACCUAGGCAAACCUUUUGGCACUCCAUAGAUUGUGGACUAUAUCUCCAUUGAUGUUUUUUACAAUCAUAAUGCUAGCAAAGCAUCAUGGGAGAUGUAGUUCACAACAUCUAGUGUGCCAAGGUUGCCCACUCUUAACCUAUAAAUUUCUGGAUCUGCUUCCAAACUUUAUCAGCACUUUGUAGGUCUUCUUCUGUGCAAGUUUUGUAGGUUCCAUAGAUCUUGAUCGCAGUAUAAUAAGGUGUGCAUUAUAUUUAUGGCCCUAUGGGCUUCUCCGAUUCUUGGACCUUGUCAGCACAAGCUACAGAGCAAAUUAAGUUCUUAAAGAAUGUCUAUGCAUAGUUUGUGGAGAAACAAGCAUUCCAGCUUAACACUGGAUCAUGAAAACACUGUAUCUAUAUAAAUUCAGCCAGUCUAUGUGUCUUCCUGUUUAUACAAGUAGUGUUAUGGUGUGAGCCCUUCAUUGGCAGGUUCUUUAAUAGAGAUUUUUACAAGUCAUAAUGUGGGAGAAGUAAAUGAAACGGUUUUAAAAAAAUUAAUAAUUAGGAAAAUUUAAAAGCAUCCCGAAGAAUGAGGAAAAACUAAGGGAUCACAGAAAAAUAGCCAGGCUAUGGUACUAAAAUGUCACAAAAUUAUGAAAUUAUUAUACAGGGUGAGACAAAAGUCAAGAGCAACUCUAAUACCUGUUUAUUAAACAGAGAAAGGUAGUGGACCAAAGAGCAGUAUUUAGCCCAAAAAUCUGAUUUAGAAACAUUUUCCAAAUCCACCAUAGUCAUGGCUUUACUAUUUUAGCCUAAUCUUUGCCACUCUGUUUGCAGUUUACUAUAAUUUAUUGUUCAGUGAGUAACUGAGCCCUCAUUGCCUUUCAUGGAAUUUGAUUGUUUACUAACAUUUGAACUUUUAGUGUCACUCUUAUAAAUGCAUAAAAAAAAAAAAAACACAAACUAAUUAUUAUAUUUCACUUCCUAACAGUUCUCAGAGGGAAAAAGCUGAGUCUUCCAAUGCCAGUGUAAGAUGGACCAGGAUACUAUUACUGUGCUCACAAACCUCACCCCCCAAGCUAUGGACUUAAAUGGGGAGGGUAAAAUCACUCCUGCUCUAAGUGCACACCAAUCACCCCUUCCCCCUGGGCCCGUGCUUGGCUAUCGGAUGGUGAAGCAGUUGUUUUUCUGUGUAUUUCUAUUUGGGUUUUUUUGCUGGAUAAAAUAAAAUAUAUUCAUGGGAUAUAUGCUGUGAUUCAUGGAUAUGGGUUUACAAUUAUGUAAAAAAAUAUUUAUUUUAGUAUAUUUUUAUGCACAGUACAAUUGCUUAGAAAUACAAGCUAAUCUACUUGUUCUUGAACUCUGCGUAGGUAUGACAUAUUCAUAGCUGCCAACUAUUAAACGUCUUACUUUUUAUUAACAUUUAUAUUUUACAUAUACAUUUGUGAACCUUCUAAAAUGCCCUAACCUUUGAGGGGUUAACAUUACAUUUUUGUUACAUAGGGAACAGGAGGUUGUCAUUAAAGUAUUGUCAAAACUCUGAAAGUGAAAUGAGUAAUUAGCUGUUUGACGUAGUUUCACACAAUGAGUAGAGCAGGUCUAUCUCUUUAGAAUGGUCUUCAAAAUUGGAGCUGUAAGACAAACAAACAAAAAAAAGAAAAUGGAUGAUAUUCUGGAAGUAAUUUACCCACCAAUUCUUGUUAGUGGGAAGUAUUAUUAAAAGUGUACAGGUAAUGACAUCUUUACAUUGUGCUAGAAACAUUCAUAGUAAAUGUGUAGAUUCAAAUCCCAAAACACGCUUCCCAUUCUACGUGGUGGCCAAACUGUAGUGCUCAUAUGGCUCGGUAACAAUGGUAUUGUAGAGAAUUUCAUAAUGCAUUUGUGAGGUUAAGGCACUAUGUUGUGCCAUGCACUUGGAUAUGGCAAAAUGAGGUACAAGUGUAAAUUUUCAACGUUCUAUAAUGUAUCCAUAUAUUUCCUAACAAUGUGUCCAUUACAAUGUAUGGAUUAAAGUAUUUAUAAAAAAAUAAAAUGUCAAUUUUCAUCUAUAGAAAAGUGAUUACAGCCCUGCGUUAUGUACUAUUAUCUAUGAAUGCAUACUAACUAUGCAUUAAAAACCAAAAUCAAAACUUAUGGUUCUCAAAGCAUAAGUCAACAUUAAAUGGGAGAUUUGCUGCACGCAGCAUCAUACCAGGAACACAACAUUGUUACAGGCUGCUGUGCUAGUGCAUCAGUUUACUAAGAAAAGCCACACGUAGCUGGGAAUGGGUUAAAUUUUAGCUUUGUGUCUCCAUAACAACCUGAUAUUUAACAUGAUGUGCUUUUAAGUAUUAAUAGCAACAUCGCCCUUGUUUGCAUUCAGACUCCUCCACCCUCUUGCACACGAUGACAGCCCAGUGUCUUUGUGGCCUGGAUCAGAAGUUUUGCUCCCUGCUGCUACUGUACUUGAAACAAUUUGUUGUGUGUAUACAUCUAAAAUAUAUAU